ACUCCCACUUCAAUUCAGACAAAUUUUUUUCACAUGCCUUUUGCUUCACUUAGAAUCAAAGCCAUUCCCUUCCGCCAUUUCUUCUCUACGCAGUUACAACUAGACUAUAGUUUCCCGCCCAUUUCAAGGUUUCAUCGUUGGCUCUUGAAGAAAUGAGUAGAACCCAUGAAUGAAUUUGGUGUAAGUAAACUUGGGUUGGGUUCUUUUUGUCUUCUAGAUUGAUUUCAAGAUCUGGGUAGAUUUCUGAAAUUGGAUUCUCAAAGGUUAAAACAGAAGAAUCCAUGAAAGAGACCAAUUCAGCCACUGAGCCUAUAGGGCAAAAUUUGAUAAAGCUGAUAAGCAAUCUAUGUUUUUCGGUAUUCGUAUUCUCCGUUCUGAUAUUCACGGUUAUUGCUAUCACUUACCAGCCUCCGGAUCCAUGGCUGGAAUCAGCUCCUGCCCUUACUAAAUUCUUUACUCAGAGCGAGAAUGCCACUUUUAAAAAUGACGAUUCUAUCCUCAAAACUGGUGAGGACUUGCAAACUGUUUCAGCCCCUGCAGUACCACCUGCUUUAGCAAUUAAACCGAUCACUGAGCAAGUGAUUGAGAAAUCUGAGGAGAAGGUCGCCAAUAUGACCCUCAAGUCAUCUGGUUGUGAGGAUUUGCAGAUUGUGAAUUGCUCCGACCCGAGGGUUUUGAUAACAGUUGAAAAGUUUAAUUUGAAGUGGUUCAAAUCCAUAGUGUUUUUGGAAUAUCAAACGCCUGUUAAUGGGUCAAAGCCAGAUGAGUGUGAUGUGGCGUGGAGGUUUAGAAACAAGAAAGAGAAGUCAUGGAGAAAGUAUAGGGACUUUAGGAGGUUUAAGUUUGGAGUUGAGGAAAACUGUACGUAUAAGAUUGUUCACGCGAGUGGUUGGCAUUCAGGCAUUAAUGCAAGGAGGCAAAAGAUUAGAGUUAAUGCCACAAAGAGUGGUAGAAAUAACCCAAAAAUUGCAUCACCAGUUCGUGAUGACGAGAUAAAUGACACAAUCCCAAGCUUGGGAUCAGAGAUGAAUUUUAGGAAAGGCAGGUACUUGUAUUAUUCAAGAGGAGGGGAUUAUUGUAAGGGAAUGAACCAUUAUAUGUGGAGUUUCUUGUGUGGGUUAGGGGAGGCUAUGUAUUUGAACAGGACAUUUGUGAUGGAUUUAAGCAUAUGCUUGGCAGGUAGUUAUAAUCCAAGUGGUAAGGAUGAGGAGGGGAAGGAUUUUCGGUAUUAUUUUGAUUUUGAGCAUCUUAAGGAGAUGGCAUCAAUUGUAGAAGAGAGUGAUUUUUUGAGAGAUUGGAAGAAAUGGGAUCGUGCCCAUAAGAAGAAAGUGCCGGUCAGGAAGGUUGUGACCCAUAAGGUGAUGCCAGCGCAACUGAAGAAAGAUAAGAGCACAAUUAUAUGGAGGCAGUUUGAUGCUCCUGAGCCAGAAAAUUAUUGGUACAGAGUUUGUGAAGGACAAGCAGCAAAGUACAUUCAGAGGCCAUGGCAUGCACUUUGGAAAUCAAAGAGAUUGAUGAAUAUAGUUACUGAGAUCAGUGGGCAAAUGGACUGGGAUUUUGAUGCAGUUCAUGUGGUUCGAGGACGGAAAGCACAAAAUAAGGAACUUUGGCCUCAUUUGGAUGCUGAUACUUCUCCUGACGCACUUGUUGCAAAGCUUCAAGGGAUGGUUCAACCUUGGAGGAAUCUGUAUAUUGCAACCAAUGAGCCAUUCUACAACUACUUUGAUAAAUUGAGAUCUCACUUUAAGGUUCAUUUGCUUGACGAUUACAAAGCAUUGUGGGGAAAUACAAGUGAUUGGUACAAUGAGACAAUGCUUUUAAAUAAUGGACGGCCAGCUGAGUUUGAUGGAUACAUGAGAGUUGCAGUGGAUACUGAGGUUCUUUACAGGGCAAAGACACGAGUGGAAACAUUUUAUAAUUUGACCAGUGACUGCAAGGAUGGGAUAAAUACAUGCUGACAAGGUUGGAUGCCACUUAUCACUUAUUGUUUUAUCAAUUCAGUUACAGAGUUAUACUUCUGAACUCGUUUUUGGCUAGUUUGUGUACUUCCUAGUUCUUUUAUUCUAUUGAUGAUUGACAAUGCCAGUUGAUCAUGACAAAUCUAUAUCUGUAAUAUAAAGUUGAAUUUUGUUCCUUUCUCUUAUGAUCUUUUUUGGAGUGAAUGAAUUUGGUCUAUUUAUUUA